AUGGGCCUCUCUAGCUUCCCCAUCGAAGUAUUGGAGCAAAUCAUCUGGUGGUUGGGCGAAGAUAAAGCGGCGCUCGCAAACUGCUCUCUGGUUUGCCACGGCUUGCUCUCCCUAUGCCGCGUCUACAUCUGGAACUUCGUAUACAUCUCCUAUGAGUUCAAGAACGUCCCUCCCCCGCGCUUGAAGGCGCUUCUUACAAUCAUCGACAACAACCCUACCAUUGGGCUCCACAUUCGUUCGAUGUUGGUUCAUGGCGCUACUAGUAUCCAUCAAGGUCUCGGAGAUGACAACACAGCGUCACAACACCCGUACGAGACCAUCGCCGGGCAGUUAUUCUCCAGGCUUCCGAUGCUCGAAGUCCUCAAAAUAAGCCAUCUUGUCGCGUUGGACAUAUGCGAUGUAGUUGCUGCUGCUGGCGCUAUUCCGACUCUCAAAACGCUCAUUCUGGAGGAUGUCACAGUGGAGCAGAAGAGCUCAGGUCAAGCUACUCAGCGACUUCCGGAGGAUCUGUGCGCAGCCACUGGAACGGAAACCAGUGUCCUCGAGAGCCACCACCCUUGGAAGCUGGAAAACCUAUCAAUCGUCAAUGGCGGCGGUAUCCCAGAUUCGGAAUAUACGGCGUUGGCUACCUUUCUCGAGAGAUCCACGAGCAGCAUAUCUCUCAAGUCAUUCGAAAUUCGCGAUACCCUGGUCUCGCGUUGGGCCAAAGUAUCCGGCCAUGGACUCGUAGUCCCCGAAGCAUUCGGAUCGUCCCUUCACCAUUUUGGCUUCCCGAUUGCAGACAUGGACCGCGACGGAAGUGUUCAUCUUGAAGGCCGCCACCACCUCGAGCGACUCUACGCUGCGCUGCCCCGUUGCCCCGCCCUACGGUCCCUUUCCAUCCAAUACGAUGCCCUCGGCGUGCAAGGCGCACCAACUCCCACCGGGUGGGGCCCACCCCCCGUCUUCCCCUUCUUCCUCGACGCACUCGCAGACAUCCUCAACACGCCGUCAUCUUCCAUCGAGUCCAGAGACACCGUGCCCCUCCCCCACCUCGAACGCCUCUCCAUCUCGAUGCUCGCCCGGGUGGACCGCGUCCUGAACUGUGCAGACGCGUUUGCCCACCUCGCGUCCGCGCUCGUUGGGCCCGAUGGUUCCGGCUCUACCGCGCGGCGCACGCGGCGCUACCCGGCAUUCUCGGAAAUCACGGUGCGCGUUAUGUUUGCCGUGCCGCGUCCCGUGGUCGAAGACGAGUUUGGGGUCGUCUAUGACGCCGAACGCGCACGAUACGAGCAGAACACGGAUCCUAGGGUGCUGCUGCAACCGAUGCUCGAAAGCUUCGUGCGGGCGGGCGUGCGCGUUAAUAUCGGGGUAGACUAG